AUGUCGCUGUCAUCGCCUGGAAGUCCCCGGACAGGACGUGCCGCAUCAGGGUUUGCCCCGGGGCCACGUUUCACCCGCCGAGCCCGGGCUGGGCGAGCCGCGGUGCCGCAGAUGCCGAUGCCAGGAGAUUGCGGCUCCGCCACGGAGGACCUGUACACGGCCCCCGACUCGUGCCAGGGGCGCUGCGGGGAGCCCUUCAGCGAGGAGGACGAGUGUCACUGUCACCGCGAGUGCCAGGCACAGCACAACUGCUGCCAGGACCACGACAGGCACUGCGGGCCCGGAGGGGAAGGGGCCGAGGAUGGAGCUCGAACCCGCGACGGGUUCUCCAGCAGCCGCGGCUCCAUCACGGACCAGGAGCUGCUGCAGCUCUCGGAGCGGCUCCACAGCCUGGACCACAACAAAGCCCGGCCCGGCGACAUCGCCCUCAACCCGCAGCACCUGGCGGACCCUGGGGACACCGGGGACAAGCAGGACCGGUCCCCGCAGCCGCUCUACAAAUUCGUGAACGAGGAGCUCUUCUCCAAGCCCACCUACGCCAGCUUCAUUAAGCUGCUGGAUAAUUACCAGCGGGCCACGGGCAGCGAGGAGGAGGUGACGGCCGAGGAGCUGCGCGAGCAGGAGCGGUUCCUGCAGGAGGUGAUGAAAACCGAGCUCAUGAAGGAACUUUUCAUUUUCCUGCAGGGGAAAGGGCGCUUCGGCUCCGAGCACGAGUUCGUGCAGGAGCUCCGGGAGAUUUGGUUCGGCCUCUACUCCCGCGGGGCCGGGGAGCGCGAUUCCAGCGGCUUCGAGCACGUGUUCUCCGGAGAGGUGAAGAAGGGAAAAGUGUCCGGGUUCCACAACUGGAUCCGCUUCUACCUCCUGGAGAAGCAGGGGGAGGUGAACUACCUCAGCCACAGCUUCGACGGCCCGUGGGACACCUACCCCGACGUGCUGGGGCUCCAGUUCAGCUGGGACGGGUUCCACAAGGAGGUGGGCUCGGCCUUCAUCGGCUCCAGCCCCGAGUUCGAGUUCGGCCUCUACUCCCUCUGCUUCCUGGCACGGCCUGGCCGGGCAUGCCACCUGAGCCUGGGCGGGCACCGCCUCAGCGUCCAGACCUACCCCUGGACCAAGGCCACCUCCAGCAGCGGCCGCAGCUUCAUCGCCACCGCCUACGUGAUGUCACCCUGAGGGGGGGACACGGCUGGGGGGCGACCACCGCCCGCCCGGGGCCGCCCCCGCGCUGAGGGGGCACAGGACAGGAGCCGGGGCUCCGA